CAAAUCUUUAAUGGAUCAUCAUCAUCCACCAUCUCAAUCAACUCAAUCUACAUAUCCAUCUCAACCAUCUCAACCAUCUCAAUCUCAAUCUAAAUCUCAAUCAAAUCAAAAUCAAAACUCAACUUCAGAAUCACUUAUCAUUAAACUUCAAAAUCAUAAUAACCCUUCAAAAACUAUCAUCUCAAACCAAACUCAAUCAUCCUUACAUCAAACCACUUCAAUCUCAUCAACUUCUCAUCAAUCAAAUCGUCUAAACCAACUAAACCCUUCAAGUAAUCCUUCUACUGCAUUUACCGUUUUACCUACCAAAUCAGAAGAAAUCAAAACAAGUCCGAUUUCUAAAAAACCUUCAAGAUCUUUAAGAUCUAUUUCAAUUCAUUCUCCUACUACUGGAAGAAGAGUCCUUAACGCUGAACUUCAUUCGGGAAACAAUCGGUUCUUGUGUGAUGGUAAAUUAGUUGGAAGUGGUGAUAGUCUCAUUCCUUUUGUUUUGAGCUCAAUCUCGGCUAUUGGAAUUCCAAUUGCUUUCAUUGUCGUUCAUGCUCAUUGGCUUUGGUAUGGUAACUUUUUGGCGGGUGGGAAAGUGUUGAUCUUCAUUUACGUAUCUUCAAUGUUUAUUACUUCGUGGACUGAUCCUGGUAUCAUUCCUCGUUCAUUGGAUCCUGAACCUCAAUUUGAAGAUAUUGAAAUUCAUUCAGAUUUCGAUGAUGGUGAACUUCGGAUCAGUAAAGAACAUCGUCGACCUCAUCGGAUUGAAAGAUCUGCUAAACCACUUUGGAUCGAAAUUGGAAAUCAAUCUAUCAUGACUAAAUGGUGUCCAACCUGUCAAACCUAUCGACCACCCCGAACCUCACACUGUCGAUUAUGCAACAACUGUGUCGAACAAUCCGAUCAUCAUUGUACAUUCCUAAACAAUUGUAUCGGAAGACGAAACUAUUUUACAUUUCUAAUCUUCUUACUGAUGACAACAAUCUUAUUAGCCAUCACUUUGGUAAUCGGAAUCUAUUAUGUCAUCAAGAUAAAUAAAAAAGAUAUCGGGUCUUAUAUUACCAUUGGUUUAUCGUUUGUGAUUGGAACACCUGUUAUGGGACUUGGAGUGUUUCAUUUCAGAUUACUUUUACAAAACUUAACUACUAUUGAAACAUUAAGAACCAAGUAUGAGAAUGAAGAGAAUCGAAGGAUUCAUUCAGUAGGAACUUGGUGUAGGAAAUCAGAAGGAGUGGAAGUAGGGGAAGGAUACCUAUUAAGACGUUUGACUGGUUUAUCUUAUUUAUAAAUGAAGGUUAAGAAACAUUUUACUUUUUCGAACGAACGAAAUUAUCAUACGAUUUAACUUUUUUUUUGUCUUUUAUUAAUAUAUAUGACACAUAUCUAUCUUGGAAUUCGGUUUAUCAUUUUUUUGCUUUUUUUUGCUUUGCUUCUGUUUAGUUUACACGAAAUCUGUUUUUUUAUACUUUUUUCUUUGAUAAUUUUCUAAAAAUUGGUUUUCUUUGACUUUUGUUGUAUAAAUAAAAAACCUUUUGAGUUUCUUUGGACUUUUUUUUUUGAAAAAAUCGGUUUCUUUUACUUUUUGAAUUACAUUUUUUUUGUUUUUUUUUGUUUUCUUUGUUAAUAAAUUUAUGAGGUUUACUUUUUUGUUUUUUGCUGGAUUUUUUCUUUUUUUUUUGGUUAAAGUCUGUUUAGAGUUUUCUUCUUCUUUCUUCCAAGAUACGAUAUACUUAGUUAUUUAUUUUUUCGAUAUGAUGAUUUAAACUCAAACACAUUACACUGGAAUUUUUCAAAGGUUUAUUUUAUUUAUCAAUUUUUUGGGGGUUUUGAUUUUGAAAGGAAAUGUUAUACAUC